AGGUGACACCUGGGGGACACCUGAGUGACAUCAGGGUCACUGUGCCAGGUCCAGGUGACAGCCGUGUCACUGUCCCAGUGUCCGUGUGUGGGUGUCACAGCCGGGUGACAGCCGUGUCACUGUUCCCGUGUCUGGGUGUCACUGUUCCUGUGUCACUGUUCCCAUGUCCGGGUGUCACUGUUCCCGUGUCCGCGUGUCACAGCCGUGUCACUGUCCCAGCUCCGUGUGUCACUGUUCCCAUGUCCGGGUGUCACAGCCGUGUCACUGGUCCCAUGUCUGGGUGUCACUGUUCCCGUGUCCGGGUGUCACUGUUCCUGUGUCACCGUUCCUGUGUCACUGUUCCCAUGUCCGGGUGUCACUGUUCCGGUGUCACUGUUCCCGUGUCCGGGUGUCACUGUUCCUGUGUCCGCGUGUCACAGCAUUGUCACUGUUCCGGUGUCACUGUUCCUGUGUCACUGUUCCCGUGUCAGGGUGUCACUGUUCCAGUGUCACUGUUCCUGUGUCACUGUUCCCGUGUCCGGGUGUCACAGCCGUGUCUGGGUGUCACUGUUCCGGUGUCACUGUCCCUGUGUCCGGGUGUCACUGUUCCGAUGUCACUGUUCCGGUGUCACUGUCCCCGUGUCCGGGUGUCACUGUUCCUGUGUCACUGUUCCCGUGUCCGGGUGUCACAGCCGUGUCCAGGUGUCACUGUUCCUGUGUCACUGUUCCCGUGUCCGGGUGUCAUUGUUCCAGUGUCACUGUUCCUGUGUCACUGUUCCUGUGUCCGCGUGUCACAGCCGUGUCCGGGUGUCACUGUUCCGGUGUCACUGUUCCUGUGUCACUGUUCCUGUGUCCGGGUGUCAUUGUUCCAGUGUCACUGUUCCGGUGUCACUGUCCCCGUGUCCGGGUGUCGCAGCCGUGUCCGGGUGUCACUGUUCCUGUGUCACUGUUCCUGUGUCACUGUUCCCGUGUCCGGGUGUCACUGUUCCAGUGUCACUGUUCCUGUGUCACUGUUCCCGUGUCCGGGUGUCAUUGUUCCAGUGUCACUGUUCCUGUGUCACUGUUCCUGUGUCCACGUGUCACAGCCGUGUCCGGGUGUCACUGUUCCAGUGUCACUGUUCCCGUGUCCGGGUGUCACAGCCGUGCCCGGGUGUCACUGUUCCGGUGUCACUGUCCCCGUGUCUGGGUGUCACUGUUCCGGUGUCACUGUCCCUGUGUCCGGGUGUCCCUGUUCCGAUGUCACUGUUCCGGUGUCACAGCCGUGUCCGGGUGUCACUGUUCCGGUGUCACUGUUCCGGUGUCACUGUUCCCGUGUCCGGGUGUCACUGUUCUGGUGUCACUGUUCCUGUGUCCACGUGUCACAGCCGUGUCCGGGUGUCACAGCCGUGUCCGGGUGUCACUGUUCCUGUGUCACUGUUCCCGUGUCCGGGUGUCCCUGUUCCGAUGUCACUGUUCCGGUGUCACAGCCGUGUCCAGGUGUCACAGCCGUGUCCAGGUGUCACUGUCCCCGUGUCCGGGUGUCACCGUUCCUGUGUCACUGUUCCUGUGUCCGGGUGUCAUUGUUCCAGUGUCACUGUUCCUGUGUCACUGUUCCUGUGUCCGGGUGUCACUGUUCUGGUGUCACUGACAUCACCCAAAUGACAUCACUGCCCAAUGACAUCACUGUCCAAUGA